AUGCUGAAUUUCGGGUUUGGUAUGGAAUUGGUCACCUUGGUUAACGUUCUUGUGGCUUGUGCAAACGUUGGCAAGCUUUCAUUCGGUAGAGCUCUUCAUACUUGCGGAGUGAAAACUGGCUAUAGCGGGGAUGUCGUGUUUGACAACACAUUACUAGACAUGUAUUCUAAAUGUGGCUAUUUAAAAGGUGCAACUGAUGUUUUUGCCAAGAUGAGUAAAACUUCUGUUGUUUCUUGGACUUCAAUGAUAUCUGCUUAUGUACGGAAGGGUCUGUAUGAUGAAGCCAUUAUAUUAUUUGAAGAAAUGCAAAGCAAAGGUCUUAAGCCAGAUGUUUAUACUGUCUCAAGUGUGGUUCAUGCUUGUGCUUGUAGCAACUCGUUGGAGAAAGGAAGGAAUAUACACAAUUUCAUUAAAAAGAACAACAUGGGAUUGAAUUUGCCUGUUUUCAAUGCUCUCAUGUAUAUGUAUGCAAAAUGUGGAGUCAUGGAAGAAGCUCGUUUAAUUUUCUCUCAAAUUCCUGUCAAAGACAUUGUCUCAUGGAAUACGAUGAUUGGAGGUUAUUCACAAAACUCACUUCCCUAUGAAGCUCUAGAAUUGUUUGUGGACAUGCAAAAACAAUUGAAGCCUAAUAGCAUUACAGUGGCUUGUGUCCUUCCAGCUUGUGCAGGCUUAGCAGCUCUAGAGAAAGGUAGAGAGUUACAUGGGCACAUAUUGAGAAAAGGGUACUUUUCAGAUUUACAAGUUGCCUGUGCACUUGUUGAUAUGUACGUGAAGUGUGGGUUAGUAGUUCUUGCACAACAACUUUUUGAUAUGAUUCCUAAAAAGGAUAUCAUCUUGUGGACUGUUAUGAUUGCUGGCUAUGGCAUGCAUGGGUUUGGAAAGGAGGCAGUUUCCACAUUUGAAAAGAUGAGGAUAGCAGGUAUUCAGCCUGAAGAUUCCUGCUUCACUUCAAUACUCUAUGCCUGCAGUCACUCUGGAUUACUGGAAGAGGGAUGGAAAUUCUUUAGUUCCAUGAGAAGUGAAUUCAACAUUGAGCCUAAGUUAGAACACUAUGCAUGUAUGGUGGAUCUCCUUGUUCGCUCUGGAAAUCUAUCCAAGGCAUACAAGUUCAUUGAAACUAUGCCAAUUAAACCAGAUGCUGCAAUUUGGGGUGUCUUGCUUUCUGGAUGCGGGAUCCAUCAUGAUGUGGAGCUAGCAGAAAAAGUAGCAGAGCAUAUUUUUGAGCUUGAGCCAGAGAACACAAAGUAUUAUGUUCUUCUAGCAAAUGUCUAUGCAGAGGCAGAAAAGUUGGAAGAAGUAAAAAAGUUACAAAGAAAGAUAGGUAAGGGGGGAUUUAAAAAGGAUCAAGGUUGUAGUUGGAUUGAGAUUCAAGGAAAGUUUAACAUCUUUGUUGCUGGGGAUACUUCCCACCCUCAGGCCAAAAGGAUAGACUCAUUGCUGAGAAAAUUGAGGAUGAAGAUGAAUAGGGUAGACUACUCUAAUAAGAUGCGGUUUGCAUUAAUUAAUGCCGAUGAUAUGAAUAAGGAAGUGCUUCUCUGUGGACACAGUGAGAAAUUAGCCAUGGCUUUUGGUGUACUAAAUUUGCCUCCAGGGAAGACUGUUAGGGUAACCAAGAAUCUCAGAGUAUGUAAGGACUGUCAUGAUAUGGGGAAGUUGAUGUCCAAGACAACUGGGAGGGAUAUUGUGUUGCGAGAUUCAAACCGGUUUCACCAUUUCAAGGAUGGUGUAUGUUCUUGCCGAGGUUUCUGGUAA